AACACUCCCUUAAUUUUCUCCCGCGUUCCUUUAUAUGCAUAGGAAGUGGAUCCUUGCAUGCUAAGACUCCUCCUAAUUCCUACCUUGCCUUCCUAAAUGAAAAAUAUUCUUUUGGCGAUAGAUUAUGAUAUUCUGGAAAAAGUCAAACUGAUCAUUUGCAUAUUAUCUGAGAAAAUUCUCAAAGGUAAAAAAUUCCUUAAUAAUUAAAGUAUUAGAAAUAAAAGAUAAGAUUACAUUUCAUGGAGGACUUCAUUUAAUUCUUUAUCACUGACUGAAUCAAAUAGUGAUACAAAUACGUAAAAUAUAACAAAAUGAGUGAAGCUUAGAAAUAGAAAACCCCAACCAAAAUCAUUAUAAAACUGAAAUAUAUUUAUAAUUUAAAGAUGAUCCUUAAUUCCCCCUUCGCAAAACACUGAAUUCUCAUUGGCCAGCACAGGUGCGUGUCAUUAGUCCUUGUUCAAAUCUCAUCCCUUGUAUUCGCCCGGCGGUCCAACUCGUCCGGCUCGAGCCAGGAGGCCAGCCAGACGGGCGUCCGUGAUGAGAAAUCUCAACCGUCGAUUCCAGAGCCGUGUCGGUCUCCCUCUCUCCACCACGUCGUCUCUAUUUAUAGACCUCUCGGAAAUCGCUAGCCUCCUCGUUUCUCCCCGUCCUUCCUCUCUCGUUGCUAUUUUUGGGGGGUUUCGCCGACCGAAGCAGAAGAGCAAGCGCCUUCAAUCGCGAAUUCCAGGAGAGGUAUUGAGUAAGAGCAAAGCCGCCGGCCUACUGCCUGUGUCCGCCAUGAAUCCGGAGUAUGACUAUCUAUUCAAACUUUUGCUUAUUGGAGACUCAGGCGUUGGAAAGUCAUGUUUGCUCCUGAGAUUUGCGGAUGAUUCCUACCUGGAAAGUUACAUAAGUACUAUCGGAGUUGAUUUUAAAAUACGCACAGUCGAGCAGGAUGGGAAGACCAUUAAGCUUCAAAUUUGGGAUACUGCUGGGCAAGAGCGUUUCAGAACAAUUACAAGCAGCUAUUACCGAGGUGCCCAUGGCAUCAUUGUGGUGUAUGAUGUGACAGACCAGGAGAGCUUCAAUAAUGUGAAGACUUGGCUAAAUGAGAUCGACAGAUAUGCAAGUGAUAAUGUGAACAAGCUUCUGGUGGGCAACAAAAGCGAUCUUACUGCAAAUAAAGUUGUAUCUUACGAGAUAGCCAAGGCGUUCGCAGAUGAGAUCGGCAUCCCUUUCGUGGAGACUAGUGCGAAAAAUGCUACCAAUGUGGAGCAGGCCUUCAUGGCCAUGACUACUGCCAUCAAGAACAGGAUGGCUAGCCAACCAGCCGGAAACAAUGCCAGGCCACCGACAGUACAAAUACGUGGACAACCGGUGAAUCAGAAGAGCACCUGCUGCUCAUCCUGAGCAUUUUGAUGGUUGCAUGUAAAAAUUAUCAUCUGCUGUUAUUAUGAUUUCAUGCCCCCGUUUCAUGUUAUUUAGUCGUUGUUUGUACAAUAUUGGAGAUUUUCUGUUAUAAUUAAUUAUCUCGUUCCUUUAAGAUA